CGUUUGAGGAGGGUAGCGAUAGCGGAUCCUGAAGGCCCCCUGCACAGUUGUCGAAGGAAACGAGAAAAUAUCAACGUUGACCUGGGAAGAACUGGGAUUUCAGAAUGACAGAGCGCUCAAAUAACUUUCCUCCCCUGCCCAAGUUCCUUAAAAUAAAGCCAUGCUUUUACCAGAACAUCGAAGAAGAAAUCCCUGCACCCCAUCAGCAGCUGGUGCGCAGAGCUUACACGCUUUGGAUGAUGUAUUCAGGCACGCUGUGCAUAAAUGUGAUCUCAUGCAUUGCAUGGUGGGCUGGAGGUGGAAAUGCCAUAAACUUUGGAUUCUCCCUGCUCUGGCUCGUCCUGUUCAGCCCUUGUAGUUACGCAUGUUGGUUCAGACCACUCUACAAAGCUUUCAGGGCUGAUAGUUCCUUCAACUUCAUGGCCUUCUUCUUCAUCUUCUUCCUUCAGUGUGUCUUGUCUCUCAUCCAGACUUUAGGCAUCUCAGGUUGGGGAACAAGCGGCUGGAUUGCCACAGUGACCUUUUUCAGCUACAAUGUGGCCUCGGCUGUAGUGAUGCUAAUCACAGCUCUGCUCUUCACCGCGGUGACUGCUUUAAUGGCACUGGUUCUCAUCAAGGUGCACAGACUGUACCGAGGCGGCGGCGGUAGUAUGCAGCGUGCUCAGGAGGAGUGGAGCACCGGACUGUGGAAGAGCGCCCCGGUGAGGGAAGCAGGGUUCAACGCCGUGGCUCAAACGGCCCAAGGUCCAAGUUUGCCAGAGUACCCUGCCGCUGUGCCCAGUUACCCCGACAACAGCCACUGGUGAUGAGAGCGGACCACCGCCGAGGGGAAGCAAAUGCUGGGGUCAUUUCCACAUUUUCAAAGAGCACUUCAAAAAACACUAUUACAUUUCACAUUUUAACUACAAAAUUACACACAUACUUUAUUUUGUUGUUGUUUUUAAGGGGGUAGCUGUAAAAAAAAAAAAA